UUUGAAUAAAAAAAAACAUAACAAACACAGUAUCCAAUGACCCACCUGGCCUUCUAUAAUUAGACCCCCUCCAAUGAGUACUCUUCGGCUGGCAGGCGACACUUUCUCUCUUCUUCUCUAACAAUCUGUGCAAGAUGAGCAACGGUUACAAUUUUUUGAAUGACGAAGAUUGGGAUUAUCUCGCUGGUCUGAUGCACGGAGUCGCGAACGCACCAUCAUUGUUGGUCGAAGAGUUCAACUCGUCGAUGCCGAAUGGAAGCAAAAAAAGAAACCGGGAUUUAGAUCCCGGUAACUCACAAGAAGCUAAUGGAAAAGUCGGGAAGAAACAACGCCGGUGUCCGGGAACCUUUUAUAACGGUGAAUCAUCAAGUUCCCGGCAACAAGAACGUUUGAAAGGGAAAACCGUGGCGGGAAUGGCGAAAGUUUACAAGGAUCGAAUUAGCAGGCGGAUAAAGAACGACACGAAAGCAGACAUGGAAGUUAUUAUAAGGAUAGUUUGUAACAUGAUGGCCAUUAAUGCCUCUCAUCUCUUACCACGAGUUUUCGGCUCCCUCGAGCAAAUCAAAACGCAAUGGCCAAUUCGACCUGACCUCCAACACAUAAAGCAAAAGAUUCAAGAAAUCGAGAGCAACUACAAGGACGACAGUUUAACCGACGAGGCAAAACGAAGAUUAGUUGAAGUAGGAGAUGAGUUGGAGAGAUUAGAUCAAGAACGGCUAAAGGAUUCGACAAAAGCAAGGAACCUUGAUGCAGUCUUCACGGAGUUAAGCAUGGAGACUCUACAAAAAGAGCUUUCUUCAGCAUGUCUGUGGCUGAUGUCGAAGAAACUACAGCAACUAAUCAUCUUAUUAUUGUUGAUGAAGACCAAGAUCAGCAUCAUGGAAGUUUGCUAACUCCUCAAGUGUUAUACUCUAAUUUUAGUUAUCUGAAAAACCAACCUUAUGACAAAAGGCAACUGUUAUGCCACCUUCAUAUCACCUACGACCGCGGCUCGCCACACCAUUGAGCACACUUUCAUCAUGAGCUGCCUCCACUAAAAGUGCUUGAGAUUCUUCAACUGUGCAAGUCACCUGACAUUCUCAUGUCAUCAAUCUACAAGAUUACAUCACCGUCUCUACAAAGAGAUAGGAUGUGACCCUACCGCCAACAAGAUACACGUAACAUCACCUAUGUCUCAUAUAUAAACUUUCUCACCUAAAAGGAGGGAUGAUCCUCACUCCCUCUCUCUCUUCUCUCUCUUAUUAUCCUUCAUCACAUUAUCACAACAGCUCUUCGCCUUUCAUGCAUGGGUGAAGCACCAUUCACCUCUGUCAACUCUUCCCCUUGUUGAUUCCUGAUAUCAACAACAGAUUUUAUAAUUCAAGUUUUCCUGCUUCUCUAAUCCUGCAUAGCCUUUUGCCUUUAAAACACUUUCUUCAACUUGGCCAUGGCUUAUUAGCGUUGUUCAAGAUCAAGAUCAUGAAAGUUUAAUAACUUGUGAGGAGUUGCAGUACUUUAGUGAAUUAGAAAACCAACUUUGUGACAAGGACAACAACGAAGUGGAUGUCACAGACUUCCAUGGCUUAGAACAAGCAUUGAACAACAUUGGCUGUUAUAGAACACCAGACUACCUCAAACCUAUUGCGACCCGAAUCGAAAAUGUUCGUGGAAAAGCUACCGAUUUUUGCUAUAACGGUAUUCAAGUUCUUGUUUGUGCCGCAAUCAAAGAGAUGGAAGAGGUAUCAAUUAAGGAAUUAAACUGCGACACAUUGAAAAAAUGGGCAGCGACACUCAACAAGGCUAAGGGACUUGGUUUUGAAGUGGGAUUUGCUAACAAUCUGUUGCAGAAGAAUCUGUAUUCCUACUUUUGUCACUCGAGGAAUUUUGGACGAAACUGAAAAAAGGAAAAACAGGGUUUUGGAAAUCAAAGGUGGCUGCUGAGCUCUCAUGUUUUGCAGUUGCAGUUGCAGCAAAAUCUUUGGACUUCAACAAAGCAAGGAACUUUGAAGCAAUCUUCACUGCUAAUAAUAUAUAUGGUAUGCAUAUUUCUUAUCAUUCAUAUUAACCAACAUAACAACAUUUUUAUUAUUAAGUCUAUCUUUUAAUCAUUUAAUUUUAAAAUAUUAUAAAAUGAUUACUGAACUAUUUGAAAGUUUUCAUUUAAGUCAUUAAAUUGUUAAAAUCAUCACUAUAUUGCUUUUUCUGUUCACACAGCCAACACCAAUCAAAAGUUUUUCUUUCCAUUUUCUUUUAAAAUAUAUACUUAUUAAUAGUUCAAUGACCGUAGGUGUAAUUUAUCUUAAAUCAAAUUAUAAUUAUUUCAUCUUUUCCUAUGCAAUAGGCUUAGUUUUUUCUUUACCUAGUAAUCAUUUUCAACUAUAUUAUUUGAAUUUGAGUUUGAACAUCAUAUACACAUUCAUGCUCACUUUUAUUUGAAUAUGUUUUGAUACAUUAUUCAUUUAUAAAUCACUUUAUAAUUACAAUUUCUUUCCUCAAUCGGAAUACUUGACCUAGCAAAAAGUCAUUCACAAUUAUGUUAUAUGAUUUUAGAUCUAAGCAUCGGAUACGAAUCCAUAACACAGGCAUGGUCUGGAUGUUAUUUUUGCCCUUUGUUUUACUCGAGACAGGUUUCUUUGUCCAACUCGAUUAUAUUAUGAGCAUCCAAACUUUAUAUGCUAUUCAAUAAUGCCUUCUCAUAUUGAAGUAAACAACUUAUAUUGUUCUCAAGGGCGAAAUUAGAAAAAAAAAAUUUAGGAGACUAAAUUAAAUUGUAAUUUUUCGAUAGUAAAAAUAUAAUUUUAUUAUUUUAAUAGUUUAUAUAUUUAUAAUUUUAAAAGAUUAAAUCAAUUUUUAUAUUUUUAGAGAAACCAAAAUAUAAUGUGGUUAUUGUUCAUCUAUUCUUUUAGCUAUGUUAUCAGAAGUUCAAUCUCCGCUCAUGUAAAUGGAACAUAUUUUAUAUCUAGUUGUUUACCUCUUCAAAAAAUACUCCGAACGAGUGAAUUAGUUACUACUACCGAUAAUAGAUAUCUUGGUUUUGAACAAAAAAUAAUAACAAUGGACCUGAGACGGUUAGGUCAAGUCAAGUAAACUCUAAUUUAAGAAACGUGUAUAUAUCUUAUACUAUAUUUAAGUUUUUAAUUGAAAUGGUGCCAUUGAUGAAUUAGACAUCAAUUUAAUUGAAGGAGCAACGUAACAGUUUUGGUCUUCCUGGAUAUUGGGUGAAGUUUUUAAUGUUGUUAUAUUGAAGGUGAUUGUUAAGGAGGUGAUUCAGGGAUAUAUGGGACCUUGGUGUAUUUUGGAGAGUUUGGAUAGCAAUUUUUUUUUUGUUUUUUUUGUAAUGUUGUUUGUUUGGAGUGUGCUUGGAAAUUGCAAUGGAUAAUUGAAUUGAUAUACGGCCAGGUUCUGAGCCGUCGAGAUGGGAGCUAGGGAAUGUCUUGUCACCGCUUUUUUGGGAUGUUUCGUGGUGUGGCAAUGGUCAUUUGCUGUUGGUUUCACAAGCCUUCUUUGAUUCGCAUAUUUUGUAAAAGGAAGUGUGUGAAUGUUUUCAAGAAAAAGGGGUUUUUGUGAAGUAAAGUGGGAGGAUUGUUUAUAAGAAAACUGAUUGAGAUGAUGAAGUAAUGUUUGCAAGAGA